ACACCCGCCGUGGCGUAGCGCUUGCUGCAGCUGCUCUCCAAACUGCUAUUUAAAAAAGGAAAAAGUAUGAAACAUCCACUCCUGACUCCUCAAACCCCCCAAGCACCAAACAUCCAGUAGCCCCAUCAGCUUCUGCCAAGCCGGCUCCUUCUAAAUGCCUACAGCACCCGGGCAGGACCGGACAGAAUCGCCCGCGGAUUAUUCCCGUUGCGCCACAGGAGGGAUUUAUGGUGGUCUCGCGCAACAGACCGGCAGGGAAUCGCGUUCAUUCCGCAACACGGUUUAUCCGAUGCACGAGACGACGGCUCGCGCUCUCGGGCAGCGACGCAGUCACGCAGAGAUUAACGGAUCCGGAUUUUGAACGCCGGGACAAAUGAAUACAAAUGAAUUUAGCGACCCGAAGGAGAGACCGCAGAACCUCUCGUCUCGUAGCAAAGAGAGCUCUUCUUCUGUGCUUUCUACUUUAUUGUACUUCUUUUGGUUUCACUCAAGAACUCUUUGAAGAUGUGGACGUGUUGCAGCGUUUGGCUCUGCGCUCCGAGCUGGGUUCUCGUGCCGUUCCAGCUGGUGUUAUCUCCCUCCGCUCUGGCGUCAUCCUCACAACGGGAGCACGAGUUACCAAGGCGACGCGCUCCGUGUUCCCAUCGGAACUCUUUCGGAACUACACUAUAGUCCUGAGCGUCCGAUCCCACCGUUUGAACUCAGCCUUCCUCUUCUCCGUUCUGUCUGGGAAUCGGAUUCAGCUUGGGCUGGAAAUUUCGCCGGGCAAGCUAAAGCUUCAUGCCGGGCCUGGGAAUGUGGCCACCUUCCCUUAUGACCUCCACGACGGACGCUGGCACCAUCUAGCUUUCGUUCUAAAUGGGCUGUCGGUGACCUUACGUUCUCCCUGCUCGGAGAGCGACAAGGGAGUUACGCAAAAACUCUCCGUACUUCCAGAACGCCUGAACCCCCGCGGAACGUUCCGCUUGGGUGGUAGCAGCGCUUUGCUCCCGGGGGCAGUACCCUUCGAGGGGGCGGUUUGCCAGUUUGACGUGGUGCCCUCGGCGCAGGCGCAGCAGAAUUUCUGCAGUGCCAUUCGGCGGCAAUGCAGAGAAAACGAUACGUAUAGGCCGGCGCCCGCCCCUGCUAUCGUUCCUCUUCCACCCAGACAUGCCCCACCACUAUUGGCUCAAACGAUAUCGCCUAAUCGCACUUUCACACCCACUCCCACUAGUUUCAUUUGGACGUCCAUAAGUGUGGGGCCAGGAGGGUCUUCUGCUGUUAAAGUGAGUGACGGUGUACAAGGGUUAAGAUCUAAGCCCUUCUCUGCCACACCUCCACCCCUUUCCUUGAUACAAACAGGACCUUCUUUAUCUCAGAGAAAUUUAAAUUCCAUCACCCCCAAACCUACACUCAGGACACCCAAAAGCCCCAACCCGACUGCCUCAAAGCCUGCAAAGGUCUUGCCUUCCCCCACUAAACCAAGUGAACCCAAACAAACUACGACAAAGUCUUCCGUUCCAAAGCCCACCAUCGCCAGACCGACAUCUAGACCCGGAAGUUUAAAAACACCUGCACCUACGAAGCCCGUCAAACCCACAACUGCAAAGCCGACAGUCGUGAAACCCACGGUGAACAAACCAAAGUCUACGUUGCAAGUAAACACCAAAAUUAACCCAACCAAUAAAACAUCUACUCCAUCUGGCAAACCUUACAAGAAACAAAACGGCAUUCUUAAACUGGAUCCAACCGCCUCCAAAAGACCCUCAACACCACCAACCAAAAAGCCACUUCAACCCAAAUCCACGCCCCACACCACAACGCCAACCCUGAAAACUACCAUUGCCCCAAACAAGCCCAAAAAAACCCUUUCAACGCCCAAAUCCACACUUUUCACAACCGUCGCCCCAAACACACUCCAGAAAAAUUUGCCAUCCCCAAAAAUUAUUCCCAACAAACAAAAAACGUCUAUUGUCACACCAGCAACAUCAAGGUUUACCACCCAGUCUGUGACCCCUCCAUCUUUAGAGGAUUUCCAGAGUUUGGAGGCAGAUCCAACAUUCGUUUCGGGUCUGAUUGGGCCACCUGGACAAAAAGGAGAUCUUGGGCCAAUGGGAAUUCAGGGACCUCCAGGAAAACCAGGGCAGCCAGGCAAGAGAGGACCUCGGGGACCCCCAGGACCACAUGGCAAGCCAGGUCGAUCAGGUCCUCCAGGGCUUAAGGGGAAGAAAGGAGACCCUGGACUCUCUCCUGGAAAAGCACCAAAGGGAGAAAAAGGAGAUCUUGGUCUGCUCGGUCCUGUUGGUUUAGUUGGUGUGGAAGGCCGCAAGGGGCAGAAAGGCCAUCCAGGACCACCAGGCCUCCCUGGGGAACCAGGAGAACAAGGACCUGAAGGGAGUGCUGGAGCCAAAGGCUAUCCUGGCAGGCAGGGUUUGCCCGGUCCAAUAGGACCUGUCGGACCGAAAGGUGCUCGGGGUUUCAUUGGAAUCCCUGGACUUUUUGGUUUACCUGGAGCUGAUGGUGAAAGAGGUAGUCCUGGUCCACCAGGGAAGAGGGGCAAGAUGGGUAGGCCGGGCUUUCCUGGUGAUUUCGGAGAGAGAGGGCUACCAGGACUUGAUGGAGAACCUGGUGUUAUUGGAGCUCCUGGUCCACCUGGUGUCCUUGGUUUGAUUGGCGAUAUGGGCCCGGCUGGCAUCAUCGGCUUACCAGGUCCAAACGGACUGAAAGGUGUCUCAGGAAACAUGGGCGAGCCCGGUCUGAAAGGUGAUAAGGGUGAAGUGGGGCUUCCUGGAGAGCAGGGCGAGAUCGGGUUUCAGGGUGACAAGGGUAUUCAGGGUCUGCCAGGGUUACCAGGACCUCGAGGAAAGCCAGGACCACAGGGCAAACCAGGAGAACGAGGGCCUAGUGGAGUGCCAGGUCCGCCAGGACCUGAGGGUUUUCCCGGAGACAUCGGAAAACCUGGAGACAAUGGACCUGAAGGCCCAAAGGGCAAACUCGGAGCCAGAGGGUUGCCAGGUCCUCGCGGUGCAGCUGGCCGUCAGGGUGACGAGGGUCCUUUAGGACCACCAGGACCUGCAGGACUCGAGGGUUUGAUGGGCAGUUUGGGUUUCCCUGGAGCCACUGGACCUGAAGGACUCAAAGGCGAGCAGGGUGUCACAGGAAAAUCAGGGCCUAUGGGCGAGAGAGGUCUUGUUGGUUUCAUCGGUCCUGCCGGAGAGGCCGGAGUAGCUGGAGAGAAGGGUGAUCGCGGAGAGACGGGUUCACCCGGGCCUCCGGGAGAGAAAGGCUCUACGGGACACCCAGGAACCCCUGGAGAGAGCGGACCCCCGGGACCAGUCGGCAGUCCGGGCCCGCCGGGAUCACGUGGACCCAUUGGCAUAAAAGGACCUAAGGGAAGACGGGGUCCUCGGGGUUUAGACGGUGUGACAGGUGAACCCGGGUCUGAAGGUAAAAAGGGUCCUGAGGGUCCACCUGGAAAAGCUGGCUUGCCAGGACAAGGGGGAAAAAUCGGGGAGCCUGGGGAGGCGGGGCCAAAAGGAUUUACGGGAGUUCAAGGACCAUCAGGGGCCACAGGCGACAAAGGAAUAGCAGGAGAGCCUGGUCCUUCAGGGCCGCCGGGAACAAUCGGACCCCCUGGAAAUCCAGGGCCAAUGGGACCUGCAGGAAACCUCGGUGACCUCGGACUUCCAGGAGAACCGGGAGAGAAGGGGUCACUCGGUCCGGCAGGGAACGCUGGGGCGGCGGGAAUUAUCGGAACAAGGGGAGAACCGGGUUUAGAAGGAGAGGCUGGUCCAGCUGGUCCUGAUGGUGCAAAGGGUGAUAAAGGUGACAUGGGUGCAGAGGGUGAGCAGGGGGUCAGAGGUGACCCUGGAAUCAAAGGCAAAGAAGGGCCACCGGGCGACCCCGGACUCACCGGUGUCAGAGGUCCUGAAGGAAAAUCAGGUAAACAUGGUGAAAGAGGAAAACCAGGGUUUAAGGGGGCCAAAGGUAACAUUGGUCACCUGGGUGAGACCGGCGCCGUGGGAAAGAUCGGACCAGUUGGCACCACCGGACCAAAGGGCUCGCGAGGAACCGUUGGACAUGUGGGUGCUCCCGGGCGAAUGGGGCUUCAGGGUGAUCCAGGCAUCUCAGGAUACGGGGGUCACCAGGGACCUCAGGGUCCAAUUGGACCCCCGGGACCAAAAGGUGAAAAGGGCGAACAUGGGGAUGAUGGAAAGGUGGAGGGUCCUGCCGGUCCUCCAGGAAUCAUAGGACCAACAGGAAAGCGUGGAGACAGAGGUGAACCCGGAGAUCCAGGAUAUGUGGGUCAGCAAGGUGUCGAUGGUUUACGAGGCAAACCCGGUGCUCCUGGAUUACCUGGUAAUCCUGGUCCACGUGGAACACAGGGCCCCAAAGGAUCCAAAGGAGAACGGGGUCAGAAGGGUAAACAGGGUCAUGAAGGAGAACGUGGCAGUAGAGGAGCACCAGGUGUUGUUGGGUUACCCGGGCCGAAAGGCACGGUUGGGCGAGAAGGACAGGAGGGUGUUCCCGGCAUAGAUGGAGUCCCAGGAAAAGACGGAAGUGCGGGAAUACCGGGUGAUCAAGGUGAUGAUGGUGAGUUUGGUUUGCCCGGUAAACCAGGUGCCCCUGGCAAAGUUGGCGUUCCCGGGUUACCAGGAGAUCAGGGCUCAUAUGGUGCAAAGGGUGAGAGGGGUCUUCCUGGUCACCCUGGCCCUUCAGGAAAAAAAGGUUUUAAGGGUGGAAUGGGCCUGCCUGGAUCUCAGGGAAACCGCGGUGCAAAGGGAAAACCUGGUGAUGUUGGAGAAGCCGGCUUUCCAGGGGUCUUUGGAAUGUUUGGACCAAAGGGACCAUCAGGAGACUUAGGACCGAAGGGGAUUCAGGGACCUAAAGGCCCUCAGGGCAGCGUGGGCAGGACUGGUUUAGCUGGACCUGUAGGUGUAAUUGGCCCGAUUGGUAAUCCAGGCUUGAGAGGAGAUACUGGCAAUAAAGGAGAAAUGGGUGUACAGGGUCCUAGAGGUGCUCCUGGACCACGAGGCCCUCCUGGAGCUCCGGGUCCACCAAGAGUCCCUUAUAAACAUGUUGGUCUCGGUGUGGCUCUUCCAGCUUUUACAGACACACAUACACAGACAAUUGAGAGUCGAGGUCUGAUGGACAUGCCCAUGUUAGAUCAGGCACCUGAGAUCCUCAGGACUCUUCAUUACUUGAGUACUUUGGUCCACAGCCUGAAGAACCCACUGGGCACACGAGACCACCCGGCUCGACUUUGCAAGGACCUGCACAACUGCGAGAACACACUACAUGAUGGCACUUAUUGGAUCGACCCCAACCUGGGCUGUUCCUCGGACUCUAUUGAAGUGAUGUGCAACUUCACAGGAGGCGGACGCACCUGCCUCAGACCCAUCACGACCACCAAGCUGGAGUUCACUGUAAGGCGAGUCCAGAUGAACUUCAUACACCUGCUGAGUUCAGGAGCUGAGCAGCGAAUCACUAUACACUGCCUAAACGUGACAAUCUGGAGACACGCCCCUUCCCGACCCCCAUCCCAGAAUGCCGUUCGGUUUCACGCUUGGAGCGGCGAGACGCUGGAGCCAGAUGUGAUAGAAGAUACCUGUUGGCAACUGAAUGGACGCUGGCAACAUGCUCACUUCCUGUUCCGGGUGUCGGACCCAACUCUACUUCCUGUUGUACGCUUGAGCAAUCUACCAAAGACAACACCCACAUCACGCUUUCACCUAGAAGUCGGACCUGUAUGCUUCCUGUAGUGUGUGUGCGUGCACACGCGUGUGUGUGGAUUGCUUUUGGGCUCACGCCACACACUCCGCCCCUGCCCCGCCCCCCUCGGUAAUCAGCCACUGAUUGGACUGCAGAAACAGAUAGAGGGGCUGUGGGUGGGGCUAAGGGGGAUUUAGCACUAAAGACUCCAGCAGUCUAAAAGAAAUCCCGCCCCUACCAGCCAUGGAUGUCCAAUCAGAUUUGACUCAUUUUAAGCCAAUCAUCUCACAGGGACAAACACUCAGGACAUCCGGGUCAGGGAAAAAUUUGUCUUGAAUUCUCUCUUUCAGUCUUUCAGCGGUUCUGCUUAUUUCUUUGCUUGCUAUGUCAAAUUUAUAAAAAUAAUAAGUUAUUGUAAUACUUUUAUAUAUUGGUUUAUUGCAGAGAUCUUCGAGAGGUAUUUUAUGUAUAUAUACACUAUCAGAAAAAAGGUACAAUAGUUGUCACUGGGAUGGUACCUUUUAAAAAGGUCCCAAUAUUUUUUUCAAAGGUUUGAGGUACCAGUAUGCAACUUUUAGGUAGCCGCCCCAGUGAUAACUUUUGUACCUUUUUUCUGAGAGUGUACAGCGGGUAAAAUAAACACGUCAUCAUUGAACACGUCCGUAACAACCCAAAUAAUCCAUACAUACAAAGAAAUCAAAACAAAUCAGUUCAAAAAAUGAAGUUAUAUGUAAUCAAAUGCAAUACUUAUUUUACUCGCUGUAUACUUAAUGUUUAUCUGAUCUUUUAUACAGUAAUGUUCUCAAAUAUAAAAAAAGAAAAAAGUGCAAUAAGAAAACGAAGAAAAAUGCUAAUUGAUUAUAUAUUGCUAAAAAGUGUGUGCUUUUCAGGAGUGUUUUCCUUCUAAAGAUACAUUAUAACACUCCAUCAGACAGGGAAGUGUGUGUGUUUGUGUGAAUGUGUGUGUUUGUAUAUCACAGUGGACUGUGAAUAUGUAUGUGUGUAUGUUUUUAAACCGGUGUCUUAUUCAUCACUAAACAGACACACCUGUGCACAACAUGCAUGGCCCGACUGAGGUGCACCUGUCACUUUAAGAGAGGGGGCGUGUCUUAGCUAGCAUGGGUGUGUCUUGUUUAAAGAGGUGUAUAAAGCGUGAAUCCCUCUCGAAAACAUGUCCAGGUCACUUUUACUGGAAACUAAAAUAAAAAAGUAUAUUUCAUCUAAAGAGCAUAUUUCUGGUCCAUUAAAGGUGCAAUGUGGGACUUUUAGCGGCAUCUAGUGGUGAGAUUGUGAAUUGCAACCAAUGGCUCAGUCCACAGCUUACCCCUCAUAGUGAAGCUACGGUAGCUGCCACAGGACAAACACGUUAUUGUCUGAGACAACAUCAUAACAAAAUGUAGAGCAGUUAGUAUGUAGAUAAAAACGUCUCAUUCUUAGGUAAUAAAAACAAUACAAUUCAUUAUGUAAGGUCUUCAUACAGGGUUCACACGGGUCCUUGAAAUCUUUGAAAUUUUGUGAAUCUGGGGGAAAAUUCAAGGCCAUUGGAAGUUUUUGAAAAUAUACAUACAUAGAUACAGGUCAUUGAAAGUGCUUGAAUCUAUUUUAUACAAGAAGUUUUCUGGGAAAAAAUCCAUAUUAUUCCCUGUGUAGUGUAGGAUAAUAUCAUAAAAAUUCUAGACUUUUUAAGCACACGUGCUAAACUGUUAGCUUUAAAUGUUUAUAUCUUCUGUAUGCGAAUGUUGAUUCAUACCAAAAUGCUUUUUUGCAUAGUUGUGUUUGACACAUGAAAACGUCUCGGGUUACGUAUGUAAAUGUUGUUCCCUGAGAAGGGAACAAGACGCUGCGUCUCCCUUGUCAUACUUCCUGCAUCCCUUUAACGCCGUCUUUGGCAAUAUUUCAGAUAGCGAUAUACUUCCUGACUCCCGCGUCACCCUGUCUUUGUCGUUAAGCCUCACCAUUGGUUCUGUCAAGAGAUCCUUCUAAAAUUUACACACUGCACCUUUAAGACUAAGAAAUAUAUAUACAUUUUCAUUUUCUUUUGAAACUGAAAAAAAUCUUUCUUUUGUUUAAAGAGUGAAAUAUGACCUAAAAUAUAUGUUCUUGAGCGGUUUCAUGAGAUUCACUCUUGGGUAACAAUGGUGCUAAUUUAAAUCUGUUGUAAAGUGUCUUGUGAUUUUAUUGUGAAUUUGUGAAGGUGCUCAUGAAGUCAUUAUUACAAUGCAAUCGGUUAAAGGUCAGUAGAUCUGCCAUUGAAACACAUCUGAUGAAAUGUACAUCUUUAAAGCUCAAUGCAACAUGCAGAAGUGCUUUCAGCUGUGGUAGAGAACAUUCAUGACAGCAACACAAUAACUGAUGGGUUUGUAAGGGAAGCAUUUUUGUAGAUAUAUGUGUUUAAGUAAAUAUAACAUUUAAACAACAAUAAUAAUGAUCAUUCUUGGAUGAAAUGCUGAGUUCCCUACAAGAAAUGAAGAAAAGAUGUUUCUUCACAACGAUCUGUAUAAAGUUCUGCAGGCUUUGAUGUAUACAGUUCCUCUUGCUAAUUUAAUGUUAUUUAAAUGUUAAAAAAACGCGCUUUUAACCCAAUUCUCUGUUGUAACAGAGUCUCUCCAGAUAACUUAAAUAUCUGUAUUUCAACUGCUCUUACAGUUGAUAGAUUUCUAUUUUAUGUGUAAAUUUGGGCUUUCAGAGAAUACGAUAUAUUGCUUUUUUCAGUCUGUUUUUAUUUUUCUAUCCUUUUUGUUUAAGUUUGUCUAUAUUCAUUAACGUUGUACUGUAACAGGUGUGUGUUUAACAUUAUUUGGAAAGCAUGUGAACACUCAGAAGUUUCGAUUACCUCAAUACUCAGCCGGUUUUGUUUGUAUUGUUCAGUAAUAUCUGUCAGUUUGGAAGAGGUUUAUGUUUAAAACACCGUCCUCAGUCUUACUUAAUGUUGUAUUUCGUCAUUGUUCAAUACUCGGUUAAAUUUGUGGAUUUUGAAUUGGAAUUAAUGCUUACAUACCCAAUAAAAAAUUCUUACACCAAAGUACACAUUUGUAUU